AUGCAAGAAAGACAGGUUACAGCCAGAGUAAGUCAGCCAGGCACCAACGUCACCAGCUACAGUGGCUACCUCACCGUCAACAAGACCAUCAACUCCAAUCUCUUCUUCUGCAUUAGCGGCUAUGUUUCUUGUAAUCUUCUCAAUCCGUACCCGAAGAUUCUAUCCACAACAAGCAAUGGCGAUGUAGGAAACCCGCUCUUCCUGACUCCCUACAUUGAAGGAGGUAAAAUACAAGAAGGACAGGAGGCAGCAAAAGUAACUUUGCCAGGUACCAACGUCACCAGCUACACUGGCUACCUCACAGUCAACAAGACCUUCAAUUCCAAUCUCUUCUUCUGGUACUUCCCUUCUGAGGUGGACCCGAAGAAUGCACCGGUAAUCCUUUGGCUGCAAGGAGGACCCGGAGGUUCUUCUCUGUUCGGACUCUUCUGCGAAAAUGGUCCAUUAUCCAUUGACAAAAAUCUAACUUUAUCAGAACGCCAAUACUACUGGUCGCGAUUGUUCAACGUAAUCUAUAUCGACAAUCCAGUCGGAACAGGAUUCAGCUUCACAGAGAAUGAUGCAGGAUAUGCAACUGACGAAGUAAAGGUAGGAAAAGAUCUUUACUCAGCUUUACUACAGUUCUUCCAGCUGUUCCCAGAUUUGCAGAAGAACGAAUUUUUCGUUAGUGGCGAGUCUUAUGCUGGGAAGUAUAUUCCCGCGAUUGGUUACACGAUUCACAAUAACAACAAAGUAAACAAACAGAAAAUCAACUUGAAAGGUUUAGCUAUUGGUGAUGGGUUUACUGAUCCGGAGAACAUGAUGGUCUAUUCAGAUUAUCUUUAUCAGCUUGGAUUAGUGGAUUCUAAUACCAGAGAAACACUUAGGCAAAAAGAAGCUAAAACGGUGGAACUGAUUAAGCAAAAUCAGUUCGAGGAGGCUAUGGGUACUUGGGGAGGAAUUCUAUUUUCGAUUAACCACAAUAUAAAUGUGUACAACUAUCUUCAAAGUGGUUCGUUUGACCCCCUGGGAGACUACAGUGUGUACCUUCAGACAGAUGUCGUAAGAAAAAGCAUACACGUCGGUAGUCGUAUAUACAACGACGGUUCCAAAGUGCAAGCUUAUCUUAGCAAUGAUUUCAUGCAAUCGGUCAAACCCUGGGUGGAAGUAUUAUUAGAACAUUAUAGGGUAAUGUUCUUUAGUGGCCAAGUGGACAUAAUCGUCGCCUACCCAUUGACGAUGAACUUCUUACCGAAACUUAAUUGGACUGGUUCUGAAUAUUACCGAACUGCACCAAGGAAGGAAUGGAAGGUAGAUGGCGAACUGGCUGGGUUCUACAAGAAGGCCAAAAUGUUAACAGAAGUUCUGGUCAGAGAUGCAGGACACAUGGUGCCUCAGGAUCAGCCUAAAUGGGCUUUCGACUUGAUAUCUCGAUUCGUCUACAAUAAAUUUGAAUAA